AUGUCAGGAGUGGAAAUUGGCAUUGCUGUGAUUGGGGCGGUGGCAGCCCUGGUCACGGCAUAUAAAGAUGCUGGUGGGAUAGUUGCAAAGAUCAAGGAACGCCGAAAUGCCAGAGGUGCGCUGCCUCCAAGCGUUGCUUUGGAGGAGUCUCUCGAUGAAGGUCACCAGGAGAUCGAGAGGAUCACAGCAAAGGGCAUCAAGCGGUUUGGUGCCGACUUUGAACAGGGCGACGAUAUCGCCCACCGAGCCCUGCAAAGCCUCACCAUUGAAGUGCAGGCCUCUCUACUUCGCCACCUCACUCUGGCUGUCAAGGACGAUAGUGUCACGGACUUCGAGGCCUGUAUCGAUUCAGCCAUCGAAGCACGACUGAAGGCGGUCACGAUUCUCAACGAAUUGUACCUACGCCAACAGAGGCGUUUCAGUGGCCAACGUGAGCCCGAAGACAGAGUGUCGAGGGCAUCCACUGCAGACACCAGGGAAUCAAGGGACAGUAGACUGAGUCAGAAAGGACAGGAGGAGUCGUCUCUGACCCUCCAGAGCACGCCCAUUCCCGUGUCUCAAGCAACUCUGCCUGCCCCUCCCAUGGCGCGAAAAUCGUCCUGGAAUGUUUUCAAGAACUUGCAUCGUGCUACCUCCCGCGAACAGACCCAGGAGCACUCGUCAAGUCCUCCUACCAAGCGGACCUCCUCUGUUCACAUGGAACCCCCUGCCGGUCCUCUACGCGCGACUACAACAUCAUCGAUGUCCGUUGGAUCGUGGGAAGAUAGUCCUCGGCCGCCAAUGCUCACCCCUCCUCUGAGCCCAGUACCAACUCUCUCGUUCCAGGAUGCAGUUGCCGAAGCGGGCUUCUGCACUGGUGCCACAUACGCCCAGCAGGGAAUAUAUGAGAAAUCGUUACGAGUUUCGAUGAAGAACAUGGAGUGGUCCUGCCAUUGCCGAAAAUGCCCGUUUACCACCCCUGCUGAUCGAGACGAGCAUGGCCGACCGAAAUUUGACGAUAGAAUAUACCAAUUGAGCAAACUACGUUUCCGGACGUUGUUUCUGUUCAAAUCUCAUUUACCCGCCACAAAGCAGAAGAAACACCUCUACAAGUGUCUGAUCUGCGCGCUGAGCGGAGAUUCUUCCCCUACUUACGACGGCGAACUCCAUCUUUUUGAGCAUAUUUCCCAUCAUCAGGGAGCGUCGUUUGGCACGGUGGAAUUGUCUGGUCCGAUUAGUUUGGAAUCCACCGGAGUUACGGUUGCAUCUGAAGCAUCAUUUGACAUUUGCUUUCCGUCAGCUAGGAAAUCGUCGCUUCCUCCUCCAAAAGGCGCGGUUGAGCUCGAUGGGUUGGAGGUUUGGGAAGCCGACACCCCUGAGAUCACCGAGGUGGACGACGUCUUCAAGAAUCAAUGGGUCGGGGAGGGUCUGAGGUAA